AUGUGGACUGGCGCCCCCGACGAUGCCGCCGCCGCGAGGCAGGGCAGACAGGUCGCGGGCGGCUCCAGGGUCAGGCUCGCCCUGGGCAUCCUGCCGUGCGCAGAGGGGUUCUCGAGGGUGCUGCUCAGCGAGGACCAGUUCCGCGUGGUCUCUGCGGACCUCACCCACGGGGCGGUCUCUGGCGGCGUCUGCACCGUGGUGGCGUGCGCCCUGCCGGGAGUCCUGCUGCUCGCCGAGCUGGGGGCCUCCCUGAGAGUUAGCUACUCUACGAACGUCGUCAUCGACGACGAGCUUGACGAAUCGCUGAGGAUCGAGUACGACACCUCGGUGUUCGACCUCCCCUGCAAGUACCGGGAAGUGGGCUCGUGGGACAAGUGCGGGAAAGACAGGUUCGUGACCAACAAGUCUUUCACCCAUCGCACUCUGGACCGCUGGGGGGGCACCGCGGGCGCCAAGUACACCGAGGCGGAGAUCGCGGUGCUCGAGCAGGCGGACGUGGCCUCGGACAUCGCGGAGGACGAGGCCAAGGAGCUCGACUCGGACUGGUCCGCCAGCAGCGACCACUUCCAGCACAAAGACUUCCAGGCGGCGGCGACCUUCCACGACUACACGCCGGUGAACUUCUACGCCGAGUGGCGCAGUCACUGCAGGCAGUUUCUCCCAACAUGGAUAGAGGCGUCGGACAAGAUCGGCGAGAAGAUGCACGUCUCCGACGGCGACGGGCGGCAGUCCACGGUGAAAUUCCUGAAGACGAAUUGCGUGGACUUCCAGGACAACUGCAAGAAGGCCAAGAUAGCAGCCUUCCCGACCCUGCGGUCUUACAAGCGCCACGGCUCCUUCGAGGUCUUCCAGCAGCAUCGCUCUGUGACGAACAUCGUCAGUUUCUUGACGUCGUCGAUUAGAAACAGCCACUUGAUCGUCGCCCGUCAUCACAUGAUGUUCAACGAGGGAUGCCGGGUGGCCGGCCAGAUCCACGUGCCCCGCGCGCAGGGAUCUCUCCACCUCCAGGCGGAGCCCUUCGGCAAGAUGGACCUGAACCCCGCCAUCACGAACGUGUCGCACCAGGCGUGCGACUAUUACUGCUCCGGCUCCUGCACGACGGACUGCGUUCAGCCCGCGGGGACGGUAGCCCUGGCGUGCGAGUGCAUGUCCUACCCCGACAGCGGCGAGCACAACAUGUUCAGCGUGACGCCCUGGUCGGCGGCGGGGUACGUGAAGGAGGCGGCGCUGUUGCACACCCGUGACCCGGCCGAGAUCCCCUCCAAAGAAUGCGGUGCGGACUACUUGUGUGAGCUCACCGGCGUGUUCCUGACCGACGGAAAGGUUCAGCUGCGCCUCAAGGUGGGCGCGAAGGAUGUCGUGCACUCGGCCCCCGCCACGGACGACAGCCACACCAUAGUGAUGAGCGCAAACCAGGACACCUACAGGACAGACAUGAAUCUCGUUUCUUGCGCUACGUGCACCGCCAAUGGCCUUGCUCCCAAGGUCAAGGCUGCCGUCAUCGACGCGUUCGGCAUUUCGCGGGGCUUCAUGACUACGAUCCACGCCAUGACCGCAUCUCAGCCGACCGUGGACGGGGAGGUCGGGUGCAAGGAGGCCCGCAUCGCCAUGAAGGACCCAGAGACGGAGCUAAAGCUGGAGAACGCGAGUCACGGUGCGGAGCAUCUUGCCUAUCAGGUGAAGCACGGUGCGAUCCACGGCAGGUACGAUGGCACUGCCGAGGUCGACGGGGACUGUCUGGCGAUCAAGGGCAAGCAGGUGGCGCUGUCGCACACCCGUGAUCCGGCCGAAAUCCCCUUCAAGAAGUACGGUGCGGACUACGUCUGUGAGUUCAUCAGCAUGUUCCUGACCGACGGAAAGAUUCAGCUGCACCUCAAGGUGGGCGCGAAGGAUGUCAGGUCCUCGGCCCGGGCCGCGGACAACAGCCACACCAUGGAGAUGGGCGCGAACAAGGACACCUACAAGACAGACAGGAAUUGCGUUUCUUGCGCUACGUGCACCACCAAUGCCCUUGCUCCCAAGGUCAAGGCUGUCGUCAUCGACGCGUUCGGCAUUCAGCGGGGCUUCAUGACUACGAUCCACGCCAUGGCCGCAUCUCAGCCGACAGCGGACGGGGCGUCGAAGAAAGACUGUCGUGGUGGCCGCGCGGAGGAGACCUGCAUCGCCACGAAGGACCCAGAGGCGGAGCUCAAGCUGAAGAGCACGAGUCUCGAUGCGGAGUAUCUUGCCUUUCAGAUGAAGCACGGCUCGAUCCACGGCAGGUACGAUGGCACUGCCGAGGUCGACGGGGACUCAUUGGUGAUCGAUGGCAAGCAGGUGGCGCUGUCGCACACCCGUGAUCCGGCCGAAAUCCCCUUCAAGAAGUACGGUGCGGACUACGUUUGUGAGUCCUCCGGCGUGUUCCUCACCGACAGAAAGAUUCAGCUGCACCCCAAGGCGGACGCGAACAAGGUCGUGUUCUCGGCCCUGGACACGGACGACAGCCACACCGUAGUGGAGGGCGCGAACCAGGACGUUUACAAGACAGACAUGAAUGACGUCUUUUGCGAUUCCAAGGCGGGCAUCAUGCUGGACCCAACGUUCGUGAACCCCGUCGAGGAUGAGGGCGAGGAGGAGGUGGCGGCUGAGGUCAGGGAGGAGACGGGCGCUCAAGCGGUAGAGGAGGCGGGGCGGCACGCGCCGGGCGGCUCCAGCGCCAGGAUCGGCGCGCAGCUGCCCGACGAGGCUUUACGAUUGUUCUGGCACGCGCGCCGCCGCGGCGGAGUCGGCAUUCUCCUUCUCCUCCACGCCUUCCUCUCGGAGAUUUGGAGCGGCGCGAACCCUGGCCUCGCGGUUGUUGUGGGCGACGCUCUCUGGCUGCUCGCCCUGAUGGCCCUCAUCACGGUGGAGGUGCUGAUGCGGGCGCGGGCGGCCGUCGACGCUUGCCUCGCUAGGGGCUGGGCCGCGGCAGCCAGGAUUGACGCGCGCCAGUUCCGGAGCCGCAUCCGGAUGUACGGCCGAGCAGCGGCCUACCUCGGACUGAGCCUCGCCGUCGCCGCCUCCGUGGGUGCGAUGGCGGCAGGCCUGGUCCACGCCCAGGCUUGCGCAGCAGCGCCUGUUCCGUCAGCUGCCCCGGCCGCCUGGGCCAUCAGCUGGAGCGCCCUGGAAUUCGACGCGACUCUUGGCUAUCCCGGCGAGGGCCCUCCAGCUGCGAGUCCCCAGAACAUGGGCGUCGAUCAGGGGGCUCGGAGGGGACUCAACUGGGCCCUGACGCUGCAGGGCAACGGCCGCCGGGCACACUGCCACACUUGUAAGGAGGAGUUUGCGCUUGGCGAGCCGCGUCUGCAGACACAAGGGGCCUCCCGAUUAUGCCACUGGCACUGCGUGGGGAAGCGUUGGCGACCCACGGCCGCGCUGGAAGGCUCCCGUACCACCCCGCAAGCUGAGGUUGAUCGCGUGCGCGAGUUGCUGGGGGAGGCUUCUAUGCAGCAGGACGGGGAGGACAUCUUCCAAGCGGAAGGCGCCCAGGUCGGUCCAGUGGGCCCUGGACCCGCGCUGCACGAUCCAGAAGACCCCUUCGGUGCAUCCCAGCUCCUGCACAUGGCGUGGUGGGACACAGUGGACGUGCCAAACAGUCUCGGACACAAGGUCGCCACCAUGCGCCGCGUCCCAGCUGGACUGCAAGCUGCUUGGGCCGAGGCCAUGGGUAAAGCUCUGAGGGAGAGUGUGGGUGGGCAGACCGCCCAGGACCGGGAGCGUGCUUGGAAACUUGUCAUUUUCGCACCUCGCUUAAUAUUUGCUGCCACUGGAGCCCGGGGUGGGCGCGGGGCCAAUGGCAAAAGGGCCAAACACAUCAAGAAUGACAUUGCUGAGCGCCUGCGUGCUUUUUGGCGCGGGGAGUGGCAAGAGCUGUGGGAAGCCGCUCACAGGCGUGAGUUGCGAGUGGGCGCUGCUACUGCCGUGGACGUGACGAGCAGGGCCCGCCGCGUCAACGCGCUGCUCGAAGACGGGCAGGUGGCAGGGGCUGUUGCAACGCUCCGGAGGUCCGGCCAGACAGCUGCCGGCCCAGGCGUCCACGAUCGGCUCCGCGCUCUCUUCCCCGAGGCUGACACUUGGGACGCGGCGCAGGACGACGCGACGGCGACUCCGCUCGCAGCGGAGACUCGUCAGCAGCUCGGGGACGCCAUCGCCGCAGCCUUCAGGAAGGCCAAGGGCGGCCGCGCGCCAGGUCUGGACAGCAGCCGCAAUGAGCAUUGGCGCGUGCUGGCUGCCGACACCGAAGCGGGCGACGCGUUGGUGGAGGCCGCCCUGGCCUGGGUGGAGGGCUCCGCGCCGCCAGUCGUGGACGAGUGGCUGCGCACAGGGGCCAUCACGGCGCUCCACGAAGCCAGCGGCGGCGUCCGCCCGCUCACGGUCCUUGCGCCAUUCCGCCGGAUCGUCCUGACCGGGUUCGUGGCCCACACCAAGGCUGCCACGCGGGCCGCGGCAGGCUCGUACCAGUAUGGUCUUGGGGUGCCUGGCGGCGCAGAUGUUCAGUUCAAGGCGCUGCAAGCAGCUGUGCACGAUAGGCCGGGCAGCGUGCUGGUGGCGGUGGACGUGUCCAACGCGUUCGGCACGCUUGCGCGCCGGGGAGUUAUCGCAUCCUUGCGAGGGGCACUCCCUGAGUACGGAAGCCUGCUCGCGAGACUCUACGCCAGGCCUGCCGUGGGUUUAUGGCGCGACGGCACUGGUGACACGCGUGAGCUGCGCACCGGCGCCGGGGUGCCACAGGGGUGCCCGCUGAGCCCGGCAGCGUUUGCGGCCGCCUUGCACCAACUGGCGCUACAGCACUUCUCUGCCAGACCGCAGUGGCUCGUCACCGCCUACCUGGACGACGUCGUUGCCGUGGUGCCGAGCGCAGAGGCAGAAGACUACCUGCGACAGUUGUCUGGGCUGCUGGGCCCUGGCGGUCUUGCGCUGGACCCAAGCAAGACGAAGGUGUGGCUGCCCCCUGGCACUGCGCACUGUCCACCCUCCCUCCGGCAGUACGUGAAGGACGAGCUCCAGGUGGUGGGCUGCAGUCUGACGCGCCGACAGGACGACGACUGGGGCGCCCUGGCCGCGGGGGCUGGGGGCGGGGCGCGCGCCAUGGGCGCCGCCACCGAGACGCUCCGGGCUUUCGGGCAGACGCUCCGGGAGGCGAGGGCCGCAGGACUGGGGCCACAAGAGGCAACGGCGAUGCUGAGGUGGACAGCCCAAGGCUUACCGAACCACCUCCUUCGCGCGCACCUGCAGGACCUGGUGGCCGUCCGGGCCUAUGACACGGUGCUUCGUGGCCUCUGGAAUGACGUCCUGGGCGUCGACAUGUCCGAUCGGGAGUGGGCGCAGUCCUGUUUGCCCCUCCGGGAGGGCGGUCUCGCGGCCGGCGCGGCCGAGCCUCGGCGGGAGGCGGCGCACGUCGCCGCGUGGCUCGACGCCGCCCCGCGGGUUGCGGCGGCGCUUGGGGCCCCCAGCGCCGAGGCUCUCCUCGCCGCGCGCGCUGCGGGCACGCAGGGAUUUGAAGCCGCUGUGGUGACGUACAACGCUUCGGUCGGCGCUGCCCACUGCCUACAGACGUCGCUGGCCCAGGGAGAGCGCCACCGACAGAAGGACCUGGUGGGCCCGCGGAUGGAAGUGAUCGCAGGCGUCGCCAAAGCUGGCCUGGACCACCGCGAGCGCGGCCGCCUGCUGUCCGCGGGGGGCCCAGGUGCUGGCGCCUUCACCAUGUUGCCGACUAAGCCUGAACACAGAAUGGCUCCUGAGCUGUACCGCAUCUCGUUGCGGCGGCGCCUUCUGAUGACGGGCGCACGGCUGCUGCGCGGACUGGAACCGCAGACGCACUGUCGAAACACAUCCCGAGAGGGGGUGCUUUGCGGAGCGGUUCUGGACACCGACCAGCACCACGCCUUGGCGUGCGAGACGGGAGGGCGCCGCGUGGCGCGACACGAUCGCAUUCGCGACCUGCUGGCCCGCUGGCUUGCCCGGCGCGUCCCAGCAUGGGUCCAGAAGGAGCAGACUGUGCCCCAGUGGCAAAGGACCCGCCGAGCUGUCGUGGAUGGGGUCGAGACUGCGCGUGUCGAGACGGCGGUCCUUGACGUCGUCUGGGCCCGCCAGGGCUGCGCCAGGGCGGUGGACGUGGUCGUGGUUAGCCCGGACAGUACUGACGAGAGGGAGGCGCGUGCUCGGGCGGCGAAGGCUGGCCUCGCCGCGGAGGACGCAGCCCGCGACAAGGCGCGCCGGUACCCGCCGGGACCCACGACACCUUUGCUCAUUCCUUUCGCGAUCGAAACUGGGGGACGAGUGGGCUCUUCUGCGAGACAGCUGAUCCUGGAUCACCUGGACCGCUCUGACGGAGAG